CCUUUAUUAAAUUUGAAGUUUGAAUUGUCAGUAUAUCGAAAUUUGCAUAAAUAGAGUUCAAUAUAGCCGGAGUAUUAUGGCAUUUCGCAGGAUAGUCGGCCGCGGCGCUCGCUGCUGCCAUCGUCGUCAGUCGCUGGUAGAAUGUGGGGUGGCGCGCAGCCGCUCCUGCCGCUCGUGCUGCUGAGUGCGUUCGUCUCGUGCUGCGGCGCCCUCGGUGCUGCGGGAGCCUCCUCCUCCGAGGCCGAAGACAGCCAGCUGAAGGUCGGCCGGUCCAUCGACAUCUUCACCAGAUACGGCUACCUGAGCCUGAGCAUGAAAGUGGUCCCCAGAAACGAUUCCGAAUGGAUCUUUCGCGAGCCCACCAUCGACAUCUUCACCGAUGCCGACCUGUACGCCUUGCAGCCCAAUCAGAGAUCCGGCCGGAAGCAACGCCGGGUCUUCGACGGCGACUUCCACAUGGAGUUCUGCGACAACAUCAAGCAACUGGUCCAGGCCUACUUCCGCGACUUCGACUUCGAACUGCUGGACCAGCCGUGGAAGGCCUUCACCUCCAGCUGGAGCAUCGAGACGCUGGCCAGGAACCUGGGCAUAAACUCAUCCUUCAUCGCCAAGGAACAUUGCUACGUGCUGGUGCGCUUGUCGCGGUUUAGGGACAGUUCAAGGCUGGCCAGGACGCCCUCGAACUUGAAAGUGGUCGAACCCGUGCAAAGGGAAAUUGACGAUAUCGUAGUGGGCGAUGUGGCCAGUGUGUUAAUGUUCAUUAAGAAGUUCGGGUCGCAUUACAUUCAGUCGUACGUCACCGGAAACUCGCUGUAUCAGGUGUUCGUCUUCAACAAAUCCAGCUACCGCCAAAUAAAGGAUCGGCUGAAAAACCAAGGCAUAUCGAACAUAACCGAAAUGGAACUUCAUCAGUACUUUAGUCCUUGGAAUGCCGAAUUAGUAGGCAGCAUCAAAGUGGCCAGUGGCAACCAGACUGUAGAGAAUUGGGCCUCCUCUAGACUACGAGCAAAUUACCUGUUUGGUUCUUUCCCUACUUUAUUGAAAUCGAAAGGAGAUCCCAGACUAUUAGGGAAGUUGAAUAGUUUACUUAAAAACGAGGCCAUCUUACAAAUGGAAAUGAGGACCCUGUCCGCCGCUAUCGAAGAUCCUUCGAAAAGGAAAUGGUUUGUAGAAGUACUUGACAAUUUCCUCAAGCUAUGGGAGAGCAACUUAUAGUCAAGCGCGACCUUAGGACGAAUUGAGGAGAAUGACUGAAUAUUAACGUAAUUUUUUCAGAAGAUCAAAGUACAAAAUAUUUAUUAAACUGUUGUACAUUAUACAGACAUUAUUUCUGACUUAUUUUAGGAAACCAACAGAAUAUCUAGUAUUUUUUGAAAUUUUAGUAUCUAUUGCCAAAGAAUAUUAUAGUAAUAUUUUUUGGUAUAACUUUAUAGAACCAAAGAAUACUGUGCUAUACAGGGUGUAAAAAAUAGGAUACCAAACUUCAGUCGGUGGUACUACAGAUAAAACUAAAAGAAAAAGUUCCUAUGAAGGUGCUUCCUGGGGAUAUGUCUAUUAAAUUUUUUGAUUAUGUAACGGGCACUUUGUUCACUCACUUGAUGCGUCGAACUGCUUGAAUCCAUUUUUUGCUUUUAAUCAAAUCGGUGUGAGAAGCUGUGAAGCUAUAAAAUGUUGAUUCGGAAGAGUUGAAUAUCCGAGAGAGUUGAGUUAUUGAAUGUUAUUGCACUCAACAACGACGCCCCCUUACGGGUUAACAUUUUUUCGGCAAUUUUAUUAUCAUUUGAAAUUGUCAGAACACAACGCGAGGGCCAGUUCAAGUUCUUUUUCACUUAAUUUUUAUUAGAACACUCAAUUUUUACGCGAAUCAGCGUUACAUCACACAAACCUAGUACCUGAGUGUUUUAUAGUUUCAAUAACUGCACUAGCAAAAAAUUAAAAUACUGAAAUAUUAUGAGAAAGCCACGAUUUCAAUUUCUGGUUUCUGCCGUAUAGAGCGCUACGGUCGGAAUUUUUUUGAAAUCAACUGAAUGAAAUAUGCACCAAGCCUAUACAAAAUUUAUUUCUUCCAUUAUAGGAGCUACAACGCACUAUCGCCGGACCCUGUAUGCCAAUAAAAAAUGUUUGCCAAGUACAGGGUGGGUCAAAUUGGACGCUUUUAAAGGGAAACACCCUUUUCUAUAGGAGAUAGACGAAAACUAAUAUGGGUGUCUGAAGCUCAAUUUCUAUCAAAAACCUGAUGGCGAAAACCGCACAUCCAUAUCUGUUACCGUUUGGGAGUUACGGGGUGUUUUUCAAAAAUGUACAUUUUUAAAAAAUCGCUAUAACUUUUUUGCUAUCAAAAGUUCUGUAUUUUUGUGAAAACAUUUCCAA